AUGAGGCGUUCCUCGAUCUCCGCUGGGACUCCGAAGGACGGUGGAAGAAAGUCUUCUCUUGUCUCUGCCUCUGACCUCGCGUCGUCGUCUUCUCCUUUUUCGUCUUCAUCCUCGAACGCGGCCGCAGAGAGCCCCCCUCCUCGUCCCGGUGAAGACGCUUCUUCACCGUUCCGGGCACCUCUCCGCGAGGCUUCCGCGUCUUCCUCUCCGGUAUCUCUCGGGGGCGGCAGCGGCAGCGGUUCGGGUGUAUGUACACCGGAGCGCGGUGACAAGGCCGGUACGGCGGGUGGGACCCAGAGCCGGCGGCGAGGCAGGAAAGCGUUGCAGCCAGUCAAAGAGGGAGAUCCGUCUCCUGGACUUGAGUUGCCUUGUUCGUCCGGGGCACGUUCUUGUCAAGAAGAUGAGGGGACCGCCCGCAGGCAGAACCAGUCGUCUUUUGUGAGUUCUCCCUCUUCUGGGCCCGUAGGAUCUCCCUCUUCAGUCGCCGCCGACGCGUUUCUUCCGACAGGGGUGAGCAGUCACAGUCGCAGCAGGCGCGCGAGCUUUGGGGACUCUCUCUCCCCUCUUCUUCCCGCGUCCCCCUCGGCUUCCUCCGGUCCAAGCUCGUGGCAUUCACGUGCCGAAAGUGUCUCCUCGACUGUCGGGCCCGCUGCGACCGCGGUCGUGGAGCCCCAGGCGCCCGGAGGCGACGCGCCGAUGCCCGCGGAGAAGGGGCCGAAGGGCAGGAAGCGACUGAGUGAGGAGGGGAGAGACACCGACGGUCUCUCUCGAGGCGCGUGGAGAGGAAAAGAGCCGAGGACGGAGGAGAGGAAGGAGGUUGGUCAUUUCGGAGAAGAGGAGAGCAGCCGAAACGGGUCGCGGCGAAGAGGGAGCGUGGGUGAGCGCGGGCCUCUCGCGCCCGUGUUGAAAGGAGAGAGAGAAGGGACACGGCCAGAAAUGGACAAGAUGGCGGAGGGGAGCGGCAGGUGGACAGGUCGCGUCCGAGGGAUGUUGGGCCGAUCUCGGCAACGCGUCGAAGAACCACGGUGGGACGAAGAAGACGAAAGUGAGUCCGAACACCUCCCCUCACCUACGCCAGCCGCAGGCGGCCCCUCGAGGGCGGGAGAAGAGGCGGAACAGGAGCCGGAGCGCUGCAGAGAAGAGAAGCGGAGACGCCGGGACGAGCAGGGCGAGGACGGCGGCGGUGCGGCAGAGGCUCAUGCCGGCGAGACGAGGCCCGCAGAGGGCGAGGGAGACACCGAGAUGGUCCUCGAGGAAUCCCCAGACGGGGAAACGACGCAGGGGCCGCCGGCGGACGCGACUCGAGAGGACGCGCGGGAGGAGCUUCGGUCCUUCGAACACGACGCGGGCCAGGACGGCGAGGAGACAGAGAGAACGAAGGAGAGCAGGAAGCGCGACAGCUCUUUGGAAGACAAGCAGGAGGAAGGCAAGAAGAAAGGGAAGAAGAAGGACGGCCGAAAGAAGAAGGUUUUCCCUUUUCUCAAGAGGCGAGAAGAGAACGAAGAGAGUGAAGAGCGGCGGGGAGAGCAGGAAAUCGAGGAGGCUGAGGCCGACGGAGAGAAGAAAAUGGAGAACCACGCGGCAUCUCCGGAUCUUUCAGCCCCGGACCGCGAGGAAGACGGCGACGCGCCCGACAGAGAGGACGCGAGGGCGCUGGCGGACUCGGCCGAAGAAGCAUCCGAGGGUCGCGAGGAGAAGAGGCGGCGAGUGAGCGAGGCGCAGGAGCUGCGCACGGGCGGAGAGGCCGAGGCAGACGCGCGAGGAGAGAGCGAGCGGGGGGCAAGCGACCGGGAAGGCGGAAGCCGCGAGACGGAGACACUCGAGGGCGAGGAGCAAGGAAAGGACAGAGGCGGCCCGGAUGCGAGCGAGGCACCGCGAGAAGAGAGCGCGACGCAGGCGGGUCGGAGUCUCCGCGAAGGAGGCCCCGACGAACAGAGCGAGCGCGCGAAAGACGAGAAAGGUGAGCGUCGAGGACUGAGGAGCGACGGCGGGAGAGGUUCGCUCGGGCCCAAGACAGCGCGCGGAGACGACGACGGCGCGCAGCACGGCGCGCGGCGAACGGAAGGAGCCGCGGCGGAACGCGCCCCCGUGGCUUCCAGUUCUGCAGGGGCGAGCGAGAUGCUGGUCGAGGGAGCCGGCGAAGGUUCCGUCGCGGGUGAACCGGCAGAGGCAAGCGGCGAUCGAAGCGGCAGUUCGGCCAGUGACGCCGUCGGCGUUGAAGGGGCCGAGCGCGAAUCUUCGCUAACCGACAAAUCUGCGGUCGCCCAUGGAGACGAGGACGCGCGGGAGCGUGCGUGGGGAGGCGCCUCGGAGGGCGACGAGAGCAGCGGACAGACUCGCGGCAAAGCGAGGUCGGGAGAGAAGCGCGAGGCGUCGCAGGGAGCGGGCGUCGAGAGCGACCGCCGGAAAAGAGAGAAAGAACACCACGACGGCGGCACUGGCGUGCUCGGAACGCGCUCGAAGACACCGUCGGAGUCGCGACCCGCGGGCGGACUGCCCGAGGACUCUGAAGACAGUCUGUCGGCGUCGUUCGAGGCGGCAUCUUCCGCGGUUCCGGCCGCGCCUUGUUUGGCCGCGGGAGAUGGCCCUUCUCUCCCAUCGACGGGCGCGAGCUCUGCGGGGUCGGGGCAAGGCGCGGGCGCCCUGGGGACGGUGGCGACUCGGAGCUCCUCGCGCAUCGCCGCUAAGGCGAUGCACCUUUUCGAAGAGGGGUAUCGGCGGCGGAAGGACGAUGGAGUCGACUGCACGCGAGAAGAAAAGGAAGCGAACCCAGAGGAGAGGAAAGAGAAGGCAGACGAAAAGGAAGAGAAGAAAGAAGAGAAGAGCGAGGAUGUGAAAGGACUGGGGCAGCCGUCCACGGCAGCCGAUUCUGGGCUGUUUUCGAGACGACAGAAAGGGACAGACUCCGGGAGGGGACUGGCCAAAAGUCGUCGCGGGUUGGCCUCAUCGGUCUCCGAAGACGCGCCGCUGCCUUCGAGUGACCACGUGCUCACCGAGGCGGGCGGCGCUUCUCUGGCGAAGCAGGCAAGGCCUGGCGUGGGCCGGCCAAAGCGCGGGGCCUUCGCGAGGACCGCGGCGGAGAGAGCCAGCGCGAGCAAGGCCGCGGCGCCCGAAAAAGAAGAUUCGGGUGUACAUACACCGCAGGAAUCCAGCGACGAGGGUCGGACCGGAGAGGGUGCGCAGGAGGCCGCACCGCCACAAGCGCCGGUGGGAUCGAGUGACGCCGCCGAGGCAGAGAAGCGCUGCGCGCUGUCGGCCUCCGAGGAUCGCUCAGACUCGUCUGGCGCCAACGCGAAGGCGCAGGUGUCCCCAACCCAGGGUGCGGUCUCUCCGUCCCGGCGCAACUCCGGCCCUGGCUUCCCGGUCGCCGACCCAGCCCCGUCAACGGUUUCCGCGUCCCUGUCUUCGUCUGCUCAGCGCGAGGCCGCGCCUGCGCGACGAUCCGUUCGGCAACAGCAGCGGCAGGCGGCUCUCGCCGUGGCUCUGUCGGCGGGCGACUGCACUGAGGCUCUGGAGGACCAACCGCGUCCACGCAAGGAGGCCCAGGGCCCUCUGAAGGACGUUCCCGGGGUCGGUGGACCGGCGUUCUCGGCGCCUUCGGCGACAGCGAACGAGAAAGCGGCGCUCAGUUCGGAGGUUCCGUCGCCUGCGUCUUCCGCGAGCGAUGUGUCAGCGGGGACUGGAGACGCGGGGAAGCGUGGCGGGCGCGGCGGGUCAGGCUCUGGAGCCUCCGGGACCGCGGAGACUCGCCGGUCGAGCCUGUUGGGCCUCGGGAGCAUCGCCAACUCGCCGUACUGGAGCAGGCCGAGUACGCACAGCCGUGGCGGUAUGGCCGCGCGAGGCGUCGCUUCGGGGUCUCCAGCUGUCUCCAGACUGGGCGACGGGAGCUCUCUGAAGGCCGAGAAGGACCGGGACGUGGAGACGCGUCCCAAGCCUGCAGGAUCGUCGGCCUCGCUCGCUUCGCGGACCCGCUGGCGGGCGGAGAAGACCGGCUCUUUGGACGCGUCUGGCGACGUGGGCGCGGAGCAGCCUGUCUCCCGUCGCGGGCCUUGUGGAGCCUCGGCCGCGCUGGAGAGCGGCGAGGAGCUCCAGCGGGAACCGGGCAACGGGGUGUCGGCGAAGUCUGUCGCGUCUCGGCGCGAAGAGAAGGGAAGGCGCGAGGAAGAAGGAAGGGAGAAGAGCGCGAAGAAAAGCGGGCUUGGGGUCGGCUCGGGGGCCCGGAGCGGGUCGGCGCGGCUGCGGUCGAGGCUGUUUGGGCGGGGCGAAAUCGAGGGAGAGAAGACCGACGCGGAGACCGAGAAGGACGAGGAAGGCGGGCUGGGAAAGAAGCGAAGAGAGUUUCUGCCGACGCGGGGCAGCCAGUCCGUGGAGCGAAGCCGCCGGGCUGCCGAGGCGAUGGCGGCGGUCGCUGCAGGCGCCGCGGCCGCAGCGCGCGAGCGGAAGCGCCGAGGCAGCGUGGAUGCCAGCGAAGAUCGAGAAGAGGGCGAAGAGCGAGAUAUUAGCUUCUUCCGGCACGAAGGCGCCUCGUCGCCGGAGAGUGGCCAGGGAUCUGCCGCUCUCCUGGGCUUCAGCAGCACGAGCAUCAGUCGAGACACAUCGCCCGAGAAAGACGAGGCCGCGCGGCCCCGGAGACUCUCCGCGCCGUCGCUGCACAGAGACGAAGAAAAAGCCCGCGGGGAGGCGCGAGAGACGCGAGCUGUGACGAGGGCCCGACGCGGAGAUGGGGCGAGAGAGGACGGAAAACCGUCAGGCGAGGAGUCCGAAAAGCGAGAGGGAGAAGAGAGGCCCGAGAGAACGCGAGAACCUGAGGAAACAGAGAGAGACGAGAAAGGGGAGAAAGACGAGAAGGAGUUGGAGGGGAGAAGAAGGAGACACGUUAGAGGAAGGGAGGAAGACUGGACGAGGUCGGGUCCUCUGGGGAUGGGCGGCCGUUGGCGGACGCGGGGGGCUUCGCUGCUUUCUUCUUCGCUGUCCAGACACCGGAGAGGGUCGCGCGUGGCCGAGGGGGAGGAGCAGGAAGAGAGUGGAGAGAACAGAGAGAAGGAGCGCGACGAGCGGAAGGAGACGACGGAGAGAGAAGAGGCCGCGAGAAGCGAGGCAGCGGGAGAGAAAGAGGAGGCAGCCGGCAGACGCGAAGAGCCGCCUUCGCCACAGGCUGCGAUGGAGACACGGUCGAAUCGGAAGCCUCCGUUUGUGAAGAGACAGUCGCGCAGUCUCGCGGAAACUUCUGUCUCAUGGCUUGGGGAGGAAGACGGCGGGAAGAAGGCGAAGACCGCGGGGCCUUUCCUCUCUCCUUCGCACGGUCUGCGCGUUUCUCUUCGGAAGCUUCAGCACGAGGCUAGUCGGGAGUCGUGGCGGCCCGAGAAGGAGAAAAAGGGAGAGAAACCCGAUUCGGCUCUCGCAAAAGCGCCAUCGGCUGCGCGCCGCAGUUCCCGAGACGGGGAGGACGCAGACCCCCCAGCUGCGCCGGAGACGCAGGAGGCGCGAGCGAAAGAAGCGAAGAAAGAAGAAAGUGAAGAGAAAGAAGCGGCCGCGGAAGCGAAGGGUGCGGCGAGCGCCGAGAGCUCGACGGAGAGAGGAGAGAGAGGCGAGGGUGAUGCACAUGCAAACAGUGGGGACUGCGAGACGCAGAGCCAAGACGAGGGUGAGAAACCCGAAGAGAAGGCGAGCGAAGACAAGGGAACAACUGAAAAAGAGAAUGCAGCCGACGGGGUUCUGAGGCGAACGGGAACCCGGCACGCGGCUGCACGCCACGGCACCCCGAAAAGCGAAGAAGGCGAACCCGGGGGAGCGAAAAAAGAAGGGAAACCUGUCGCAGAAGAAGGCGCGGGAGAGGUGACCGCUUUCAAGGCUGUCAUCGCCAAGCUAGUCGCAUUCAACGAGGCCGACAAAGUUCGCUACCCCCAGUGGUACACGGGCCCAGUCGGCGCCUUCGAGCCUCGCCACAACCAGCUCUGUUGGUGGCGCUUUCGCAUGCAAGCAAAGUACCAGCCGGGUCGAGUCGUGAUGGACUUCGACGAGGAGAUUCGAUGUGGGCGCCUGACGGAGGCCGUGAAGCAGCAGUUGUUUAUGACUUGCGUGCGCCGCCCGCAUGGAACCGGCUCCGGUCAGCACCUCGUUUGUCGCAGCAACACGGACGAGACCGGAGCGCCUUCAGAGCCUCCCCACAUUGGCGACUUUGUGAUUGUCCAGAACCUCGAGGACCUAAAGUUCUCGGUCUGCAACUGGAAGGUGACCAAGCCGCUGCCGUUCCCAGCCGGCGAGUUGCAAGUCCGCCUCGAGCGGGCGAGCGGCAGCGCGCUCGGGGUGCUCAACUCCUUGACCCGCGCGAAGAAAUUCCUUCAAAUCCGAGAAAAAUACAGCGGUUUGCAGUUCGGAUCUGUCGAAUCGCUCGAGAAGCAGUUGCUCGACAUUCUUGCCCGCGAACACCUCAAGCCGACCCUCGAGAUUGUCGCCCAUCUCCAGCAGGUCGACGUCGGCCAUGUCCUGCAAACCUACACGUCGAUGCCUCCCGGCUGGGACUGGACGGCGUACCAGAAGGAGCACGACCGCUUGGUCGCCCAGCGGAAGAAGGGGAAAGUAGACGUGUCGGCUGCAUGCGACGACGAGUCGGUCUCCGAGACGAGCAGCAGCUGGAGUCUCGGGCGUCUGUUGCAUCCGGCUUCGCCGCAGCCUCUCUCCGGUGCGGGCUCGGCGUCUCCGUUCUCUGCAUGCACGUCUCGCAGCUCGGCCCCGCACAAGGCCACGCCGUCGCGGGACGACCUCUCGACGGGGUUGUUUGCGGUGUCUCGAGACGAGAGUGCGGCGGGUGCAUCGCCGUCCUCUUCGCUUCUCCCUUCUCUCUGCGAGUCUCCGGGCCCUCGCCGCGUGGUCUACGCGAACAUUCCUCCCCACAUCGCUGCGGCGCGGGCGGGCGUCGGGCUUGGCAGCCGCGGGACCAGUCAGUCGUUCCAGGCGAUUCCGGUGCUAUCCUCUCUCACCAAGUCGCUCGCGUCUUCUUCGCUCCUGGACGACGACUCUCUCUCGCUCCUCGCCGACCUCCCCCCGAGCCACCCGCUGUUCCUCAACUUGAUUCACCAAGGCAAGGAGGCGCAGGGGGCGGCGUCCGGCGACGACGUCGUCGGCUUGCUGCCGGGGUUCAGCGGCCAGUGGGUCCACAUGCUGAAUCAGUUGAUUCUGAAAAGAGACGCGCUCCUCCAUCUCCUGCAGCCAGUUCCUCUCGACCUCCUCCACAACCCCACGCGCGUCUUUGGUCCGCUCCCUGCGCUUCUCCCGCCCGAAGUGGUUUUACAAGUCGCUCUCGCCGCGGGCGACGCAUGCGCCGCGUGCCACGUUUUAACGGCGAAUCUCUAUCUCGCGCGUCUCGCCGACAACGUGGCCAUUCGCACCUUGGAUCCUGCACAGAAGCGCGUCCGCGUGCUGCCUUCCCACAGCCGACGGGGCGAGGGCGACUGCCGGGCGACGCUCGCGGAGAGCCUCCGGAGCGCGCGACAGCUGGACGCGAAGAAGCGGACGGAGGAGAAACGCGCGAAAGAAAAAGAUUUCGUGAAACUUCCGGGACGGCCCAAAAAACGGAAGCGCGAUCCCAACGAGCCGCCGAGAAAACGCGGAAGACCUCCAAAUCGGCUUCGCUUCGCUUCCAGCAACGCCUCUUCGUCCACUCGCGAGACGUCUUCCGGUCCUUCUCUGUCAUCCUCGGCACCCAAGUCUUCUUCUUCGUCUUCUUCCUCCUCUUCUUCCUCUUCGGCUGCUUCGCUGCGUCGCUCGCUGUUGCUGCCUGCCUCGGCCUCUUCGCCGUUUUCUUCUUCGCCAGAGAGCGGCGCGCCGCCGGUCGCCUACGAGAUGGGUCACUCGAUAACCUUCUCCGUCGGCCUCACGUACGGCCGGCUGUUCCUGCCUUCGCUCAAGGCGCAGCUGCCUUCGAAGAUAAGCCGAAGGUGUGGGGGCGGGAGCGCGGCCGACGAGCGGCGCAGCGAAGAUGAGGCCUCUGAGGCCGAGGUGCUCGAGGCGCUGGACCGCCGGACGCGCGCAAAGCGCCUGUUUGAUCGGCAAAUUGCAUGCGCCCCGUGGAUUGGAUGCUGUCCAAGACAAAGCGCCGAACUCGCGGCCGCUCUCUUGGUCGGAAAGGCCAAGACAGGCACCGCUCCUGCUCGUUCGCCGUCUUUUCUUCCUUCAUCCUCGCUCUCGUGUGGCGAGAAGGGCGAUGCCGAAAAGAAGGAAGAGACUGUCGUGGAGGGGGAGCGUCGACGGGGGACAGGAGGGGAGACAGGCCUCGAUGGGGGAAGCGCAGCUGCAGCGGCAAGCCCGCGAGGCGGCGCGGCGACAGCGGCGCCGCCUCGUGGAGGCUUCGCGAGUCGCGCUGCUCCGACUUUCGAGGCGGUGAGAGCCGAGAACGACGCACUGAGAGAAAGAGACGAGGGAAAGGAACGCGAAGCGGAGCAAGAGGAGGAGGUGAAUGCCAAGGCUGCGACAGAAGACGCGAGCGCGCACCAGGCUCCUUCAGACUCCGAAGGCACGCCUGUUGCUUCUCCCGAGAUGCCUGCCUCGUCGCUGAUCGACGAGGAACGGGGAGAGGAGGUCGGGAACGGAGGCCAGGACGGCGAGCGCAGCCGAAGAGAGAAGGAGGGUGAUAAAAGACGAAGGAAAGACGCAGUGAAGAUCCGGAAAAAGCAGAUGACACUUCUGUCCUGCUGGGGCGCAGUGGAGAAGAAGCGCGUGGACGCGAGCGAAAAAGGCAGUGGUUUGAACACAGAUUCAAAGAGAGUCCAGGAUGUCGCCGAGCCGCGUGCAUGUGAGGCCAAGGAUGAGAAGGGGCUGUCAGCGCACCCUCGUGCACGUUUCGAAGCCUGCGAGCGCUCGCCGAGAGAGAGGGACGACAUCUGGCGAGGGGAGCAGAGCCGGGCGCGAGGCGACACCUGUCUGUCUGAAGACGGCAACCCCCAGAGCGAAGACCAAGGGGAGGCAGCACGGACAGAGGAAGGAGACAGCGGCGAUGAGGCGACAGGCAGGCAACCGGGCGUCGGGAAGCGUGGAGACUCGGGAGAAGACUCCGGAGAAAACGCGAGGAGAGAGGAAGACGAGCACGCGCCGCUGCGGAGUUCGUCGAAUCCGAUUUUCUUCUCGCCGUUGAGUGCCUGUUCGCGAGGCGACUUCGAGCAGUCCGAGGAGGCGCUGUUGCCGGCGUGUGGGGUCGAUGCGGCGGAGCGACCCGAGACGCGAAAUUGCGAGCAAAAAGACAAUGCAGAGAAAGGCGAGGGCGACUGGCGAGAGGGCGAGUUCCUCGGGGACCUCGAGAACUUUCCAGAACGAGCGAAGCGUCCUCGGGAAGCGGGGAAAGACGGCAGCCCGCGCGAAGGCAAGGUGCAUCGGCUCGCCUGCGGAUCGUUGGGCGGCCCCGACACUGGAAAGGAAGACGCCAGGCUUUUCCCCGAGACUGCAUGCGGCGGGAAGAACACUCGCGCCUCCGAGGCGUCUCUAGGGGGUGAAGAGCGAGACGCGGACCGCGACGCAGAGAAACCCGAGGUCGCCUGCUUCUCGUCUUCUCCGCUCUGUCGGGCAGCAUUUGAUGCUUUCAGCGAGGGCGAGUCGGAGCUUCAGGCGGCGAUGCGCUUGAGUGUGAGUGAAUUCGAGGAGGAAGGCGAUCCGAGGCAGGAAGAGAGCGAGAGGCCGGGAGAGGCCCGGGCGCUACUGACAUGCCCAUGUGCGGGCGAGGCAGAGAGGUCUCCCGAGUCACCGCGCGCAGACGAGCUGGCCUCGGCGCGCUCAAGUGGAUCUGCGUCUGUACCGGGACGACAUUCCGGCUCUCCGGAGAAGCGGCCGGCGCUUGGUGGCGUGGCCAAGAGAGGCAGAGAAGAGCGGGAAGCGGGGAGCGCGACGGGAGGUGGGCAAGGCGGCUCUGCCACGGAGAAGAGGGGAGCGCAGGGGCAUCCGGCGUCUUUGGCGGGCGCGACCGACCGGGGGAAACCCACAGAGACGGAGAGAGGGAGAACGGAAGAGCGCCGCGGAGAGACGAGUGCGCGCGAAGGCGAUGCCCGAUUCGCCUGGCGAGACGCAGGGCGACGCAGAGAGGCGCGCCGAGAACCUGACAGAGACCACGAGAGACAGAAAGACGCUGGGGACGACCCUGGAGCCCCAUUCCCCUUCUGUCAUCCCGGGCCUUACGAAAGCGUCAACCUCAGUCUCCUUUGUCUCCACACGAGCUGCGACGACGAGGACUUCCUCCUCAGAGUUGCCCUUGAAAAGGUUUCCUCCACUUCUCCGCCGCUUGACGAGUUGGAGCGAUGCUUCACGACACACGGCGAGCGCUUUGAUCUUCACUGGUUGGAUCGACGUCUCGGCAACACGCAGACACUCCAGAAGCUGCAGCCUGAACUUGUCCGUCUCCUCACUGCGUAUCGAACUCGGAUGGCGAUUGCUUCGCACCUCUCUUCCCUCUCUUCCUCGUCUUUUUCAUCUUCGUCUUGUUCCGCUGCAGAAUCUGGCACUUGUCCGUCGCCGUGGAAGCCUUCGCCGCGCGUGCUCGCGUCGUUCACUGCUUCCUGUUCUCGGUGUCCGUCGGGACGGCGCGUGACGGAGAAGGACGUGCGAGCGCUGAAGGCGAGGCAGGAGGCGGGGGCGGUGCUCCUCCGGCAGGCGCUGCGACUCUUUGCGAGCGAGAAGGCGAGGCUAGCGAAGCUUCGCGAGAGAUGUCGGUCGCUGGGACAGCACGAGAAAGAGAACCAGGAGACGGGGAACGCGUUGUCCGGCUGGUUGCCUCCGCUGGCAGCGCUGCGUGAGGAAGGGAAGCGAAGCGACGAGUCGACGCUUCUUUCGCGAAACCAGUCGAGCUACGAUUGGCAGGUCGAAGCCCUCGCGGGGCUUCCGACGCGGUCGCUCGAGGCCGAGACCCAGCAAGAAAAAGACGAGCGCGAAAGGAAAACCGAAAAGGAAAAAGAACUCCCCCUCGAAUUCGAGGCUCUGUUCCACACGCUGUGCCUUCUGGCUAAACAAAAGGCGACCAGUUCCCCGUCUGCGCGCUCUUCGCUGUCUUCUGCCUCGGGGGCGUCUCUCGCCUACGGCGCCCAGAGCGGCCGAGAAGGCGGAAGAGAGAGCGACGGGGACGGCGAGAGAGACGGCGAGCGCGGUGCGAAAGAAGACGAGGGGAGUGUCGGGCAGCGGGACGCGGGAGACACCAAGUGCGGCGGCGAUUCGGAUCAAAGCCAGGGCAAGGAAGCAGUGAAAAGCGAGGCAGCGAGCGAAGAGAGACGCAUGCGGCAAGCGCUCGUGCUGGAGGAGCUGAAGGAGAUCGAGGAGUGGAAACAGGUUUUCCUGGAGCUCGUGAACAUGCAGCCAGGAACCCCGAAGAAUCCGCAUGUUCUCCGAGUGCCGGAGAAUGGGGCGGGGUCUGCGCGGCUGUCGGCCUCCUAA